AUGACGGAAGGGAAGGAGAACUUCGCAGUGGUUGAAGAAGGGUUGCCUGACAUUGAGACUGCUUGGUUCGCUAAUGAAGUUGACCUCCAGCCCAUGACCAAUCAAGUUGAUGCUUGUGAUGUUGCCGAGGUAAAAGUUGAGUGGACUGUGGCCUGGGGAUUGUGCCGGCCACUCGAUGUCAUCUCAGUGAAAAAUGAGCUUCUGUGUGAAUCUCCCUCUCAACCACUCAAGACAAAUGUGAGUCAAAGCAUCCCUGUGAUAUGGUUCCUUAUGAGCAUCUGGGAGGAGAGAUGUGAAAGUGCAAGGAGACUUCUCAUGGAGCUCCCAGAAGAUACUCUGCUACUUCCUUCACUCUGGAAAGCUCAACUGCUAAAUGGAAGAUCUUCAAGAGCAGAAUAUCAUGAAGAGUGGAAAGCACAUUCAAUCACUCAGAUGCUCCCAAGUUGUCCCAAGCUGAAAAAGUGCCCAAGUGGCUGUUUCAAGUACAGGGUGGUCCACAUUUAUCGCCUCAAAAGUGUUUUGGAGAAUCGGUGGAUGGACCUGGCCCUCCUUGGUGACUCCUCGAUCAUCGAGUGUCGCUUCCCUGGCAGAUCCAUCUGUGUUCCCCCUCUGCCCAAGGCCCUUUCAUACUCGUUUUGUGUCUUCUUUUCAUUCUCUUUUCCCCAAUGAUCUUCGGAAAGAGAUCGACGUGAAAGUUGUAUCGGUUGGCCAUCCUUUCUCCAAGCCCAUUAAGUUUUUUUUUACGUCUUCCAUGUCAGUACUGAAAUGAAAAUAAAAUCAAUAUUUAUUUCCUA